UAAAUGUAGCGCUGGGAGGCGGGAGGGCUGCUCACAGAGGGGCUGCCAGCCAGCCAAACGGCAGCCAUGCAGUACCCGCACGCCGGGCCCGGAGCCGCCGUGGGGGUCCCUUUGUACGCGCCUACUCCGCUGCUGCAGCCUGUGCAUCCGACGCCCUUCUACAUCGAUAACAUCCUGGGUAGGGGCCACGGAGCCCCGCUGCCGCCCGCCGCUCCCACUCCAACCCCCGCUCCCACCCUGCCUUCCCCCAACUCCUCCUUCACCAGCCUCGUGUCUUCCUACCGGACCCCCAUCUACGAGCCCACGCCGAUCCAUCCCGCCUUCUCCCACCACCCGGCCGCGCUGGCCGCCACUUAUGGGGCAGGCACCUUCGCGGGCCCUCUCUACCCCUUCCCCCGGACCGUGAACGACUACACGCAUGCCCUGCUCCGGCACGACCCCCUGGGCAAACCCCUUCUCUGGGGCCCCUUCAUGCAGAGGCCACUUCACAAAAGAAAGGGAGGACAAGUAAGGUUCUCCAAUGAUCAAACCAUCGAACUGGAAAAGAAGUUUGAGACCCAGAAAUACCUUUCCCCACCUGAGAGGAAGCGUCUUGCCAAGAUGCUACAACUCAGUGAGAGGCAGGUUAAAACCUGGUUUCAGAAUCGGCGAGCCAAGUGGAGAAGGCUAAAGCAGGAAAAUCCUCAAAACAAAAAAGAAGAAUUGGAAAAUGCAGACCAUCACUGUGAUCAGAGACAAGAUAGCUGUUUGCCCAGCGAGCAGAUAAAAGACAUUUCCUUGGACAGUGCACAGUGUGCUCCCUCCCCUGCUUCUCAGGGAGAUCUGGACUCCGAGAUUUCAGAGGAUUCCGAACAAGAAGUGGACAUUGAGGGGGAUAAAAGCUAUUACCAGGCAGGAUGAUGAUGAGUGGACAUCUGGAAUCUGAACAAAACUGGACUUGGAAAUAAUAGCUUUUAUUUUCUUUUAAUUGGAAGAUCUCUACAGAAGAGCUGAGGGAAGGGGGGGAGGGGGUAAAGAGAACCAAAGGAAAUUCAUUUUCCUAUCAGAAAACUAAACAAUCUGGUGCUUUGGCUAGUUAACAGAUACACGUUAACCUUGAUUUUUUUUUUUUUUUUUUACUAAAGAAAUGUUUUGAUUUUUAAGUUGCUAUGCUAAAAAUUGAUCUUGCAAUGCUUAAGCAUUCUUCCCCAAGUAAAUUGCCACAACCAGAUUACCAAUUUCUUGAUUUAAUUAAAAAAAAAUAUGUAAUUUGACAGGUUUAAAUAGACUUUCUGUAUUGAUGCCUUUCCUAAUCCAGACCUACGAUCAUCAUAGGAGAUUCCUUGUUUGUGAAGUCUCCCAGGACUCGAAUCCAGGUCACCUGGCUGUCACUUAAAAAGUCAACUCUUUUUUUACUUUUAUCUAAGUCUUGCAGCACUAGUCUUAAACCUGGUUAAACUUGGAAUCAUUUCAGAUACUUGCCUGUUAAUCCUGCUCCUUUGUUGGUAAAAUACUUUGGUUAAGAUGCUGCCUUCAGCUCUGUUGGUAAUCUUCCAAUAGCUAUUGACAAGAAACUGUGAUAAAGGGUGACAAAACAUUGAGAAGAAACUGACACAAGUUACCAAAACUAAUCCCAAAUAUACUCAAAAUAGCAAGUUGAAUAAUAUAUAUAUAUGUAGAUUGUAGAUAAUUCUUUGUGGUUUUAUGUUCAUUGUUUAUAUUGUGUACAUACUAUGACUGUCCAAAAAAAUCCAAUGAAACGAACUAUGACAACC